AUGGGCAAGGUGGCGGUGGCGGCGGCGGUGGUGUGCACUGCAGCGGUUUGUGCGGCUGCGGUGGUGGUGAUGAGGCGGCAGAUGAAGAGCUCAGGGAGGUGGGCCAAGGCGGAGGCGAUUCUGAGAGAGUUGGAGGAGAAGUGUGGGACCCCUACGGCGAAGCUCCGGCAGGUGGCCGACGCCAUGACGGUGGAGAUGCACGCCGGUCUUGCCUCCGAAGGUGGCAGUAAGCUGAAGAUGCUCAUCAGCUACGUGGAUAACCUCCCCACUGGGGAUGAAAAAGGAUUAUUCUAUGCAUUGGACCUUGGUGGAACAAACUUCCGUGUUAUGCGGGUUCAGUUAGGUGGUAAAGACGGUAUUAUGAAACAAGAAUUUGAAGAAGUCUCGAUUCCUCCACAUUUGAUGGUUGGAUCAUCACAUGAAUUAUUUGACUUUAUUGCUGCUGCCCUUGCAAAAUUUGUUGAUACGGAAGGUGAAGACUUUCAUCUCUUACCUGGUAGACAAAGGGAGCUUGGUUUCACCUUUUCCUUCCCGGUUAGGCAAUUAUCAUUAGCAUCAGGAACCCUGAUAAAGUGGACAAAAGGAUUCCUCAUAGAAGAUGCGGUUGGACAAGAUGUUGUGGGAGAGCUCACAAAAGCAAUGGAAAGACUCGGCCUUGAUAUGCGUGUUGCCGCUCUUGUCAAUGAUACAGUUGGAACAUUAGCUGGAGGACGGUACAAUAAUCCAGAUGUCAUUGCUGCUGUGAUCCUGGGAACAGGAACUAAUGCAGCAUAUGUCGAACGGGCUCAUGCAAUUCCGAAGUGGCAGGGUCUGCUACCUAAGUCCGGGGAAAUGGUUAUAAACAUGGAAUGGGGUAACUUUCGAUCAUCACAUCUUCCACUUACGGAAUAUGAUCAAAUACUUGAUGCUGAAAGUUUAAACCCUGGAGAACAGAUUUUUGAGAAGAUAAUUUCUGGUAUGUAUCUCGGAGAAAUCGUCCGUAGAGUUUUAUGCAGGAUGGCCGAAGAAGCAUCCUUUUUUGGUGAUACCAUCCCACCGAAACUCAAAAUUCCAUUCAUAUUGAGGACUCCUGACAUGUCCGCUAUGCAUCACGACACCUCUCCUGAUCUCAAAGUGGUCGGAAGUAAACUAAAGGAUAUUUUGGAGGUACCUAAUUCCUCCUUGAAAAUGAGGAAAAUUAUCGUGGAGAUAUGCGACAUCGUUGCCACACGAGGGGCCCGUCUCUCUGCUGCUGGGAUACUUGGUAUUCUCAAGAAACUCGGAAGAGACACUGUGAAAGAGGGAGAGAAGCAGAGGUCAGUCAUCGCUUUGGACGGUGGAUUGUUUGAGCACUAUACUAAGUUCAGAAAAUGUAUGGAGAGCACUCUUAAGGAGCUGCUGGGAGAUGUUGCAGAGGAUAUCGUCGUCGAGCAUUCAAAUGACGGCUCGGGCAUUGGAGCUGCUCUUCUAGCAGCUUCUCAUUCCCAGUACCUGGAAAUCGACAACUCCUGACCCUGAUGGGGGCCAUCACAGUGUAAUAGUUGAGUUAUAUAUAUUUUUCAUGAGUUUCGGGUUUUUAUUUCUGUAGGAAUGAGUAGUCUUUCAUCCAACUGUAGUCCGGGAAUCUCCGGCAGCAUAUCAGGUUUAUGGUCUCUCAAGAGAGCAUAGAUGAUUGGUAUGUAUCCUUAUACUGCGACCCCAUGGUGGAUAAUGGUCUGCAUCAGUGCUAACCACUGGUGUGGGAGGCACUAGUGGAAGACCAUUGUGCGACGGCACACUGGGAAUAAAGUUGGGGUUGAAAUUGUUGAAAUUUUCAGUUGGUUAAUGUUUGGACCGGUGUCGUCUUAGGUCUUAAUUCCAAGUGCUAAUAAUGAGGAAUCGUAAUCAAUGUGGCGUCUGAUGUUGCAUACUUUGGUAAAGGAUCUUUUUUCAGUUAA